AUGGACAGUGUAUCUUCAUUUGUUCUAACGUCUCAAAAGUCAGUGAAGAAUUAUUUUACCAAAGUUCCAAAAUCAAGUUUGGACUCUCAUGAUUUGCUUCAUGGAAUUGUUUGUUUAAAUCCAAUUGACUCAUUUUCUAGUUUUGAUCUCAGGAAAAUAAUGAGAAUGACUGAACAUUAUCCUGAUGACUUUGAUGAAUUUAGUAUGGGGGUUCUUGAGAAUCAACUUGCGAGUUACAUUAUUGAUGUUCGUGAUCUUGAUGAAAGGUUCUCCGAUCUAAAAGGACUUUGUGAUCUUUCAAAAAGAUUAGUUCAGACAAAGAAGCAUUCAAACUACCCUCUUGUAUUCCUCUUAGUGAAACUUGCCUUGCUCUUGCCAGUUGCCACUGCAUCCGUUGAAAGAACUUUUUCGGCAAUGAAGUUUAUCAAGAAUGACUUGCGGAGUCGAAUGAAUGAGAGUUAUUUUAGUGGUUGCUUGGUGCCUUAUGUAGAAAAAGAUGUGUUUAAUAGGAUCUCUAAUGAUGUUAUUAUAAAAACAUUUCAAGGAAUGAAACCUCGUCGUGUACAGUUGUAG